AUGGCAGCCCCAGCCAACCAAGCUCCUGGCCUGCCAGAGCAACUGCACAGUGAAGCAGCAGCAGCAGCAUCUAUCUUUGCGCCUACACCAGCACCUGCUGGAGGGUCUCUACAGGAACAGGUGCUGGGCUCUUUUGCAGCUUUCAACCGCACACUCUCUCAGUUCAAUCCUGCAUUGAGUGCCUCCAAUCUCCCAGUGAUAUCACAACUGGACUACCAACAACCCCUUACCAGUCUUGAGCUGUUCAAUCUAUUCAAGAUUGUCUGUGGUCACGGUGGCUUUGACAAGGUUUCGACUGCAGAUUGGACCUGGAUCUGCACCGAUCGGUUUGACACUGGCGAAUUCCUGCCUUGGCAACUCAGGGACGCGUACGAGAGAUAUCUACUACCCUUUGAGAAGGACAUCGCUAGACAGGACCUCGAGUCCACAACCGCCACCCCCAACCAACACGCCAUACUUGACGAGAGUUCAAUAGUCGAUGUCUUUAAUGCUGCCAACGAAAACUGCGUAAUUGACGAAACUUUGUCAGCAUCGCCAUCUCUAUCCAACACUGUUGCCAAUCAAACCUCUGCCAUUCGUGAGAAUUCGCAGCCUCCUGUCAUUCUUUCAUUUCGAGACAAGAUUCUCAGUAAGAGGAAACAGCUUGAAGAUUUGGUCGACAAAUAUUUUCCUGGACAUCCAACAACAGGUUUCUUCUCUUUUUACCAGAGAAAGCAAGCGGCCAUGGCGUCUACUCGCUCAUCCCUGCGUGAGGGCUUGCGUCAAGCGCCAAAGGCAAACCAACCCUUUAUCCCCGAUACUGCUCCAGUGCGCCAGACACGCUCAGUUGCACAUACAUCAUCCACCCCACUCCAAACAACCCCUUCUGCGCACACACCUAGCUCUCACGCUGUUGGUGUAGAUAGUUCCAACAUUCUUAGUGCAAACUUUGAUAUCGACAGUUUUGAGGGCAAAGAUAUGAAACAAAUAGCCAUGUCGAUUAGGGAUGUCAUCACGCCUGGAAACCGCCCUGAGUUCUACAAGAUGACAAAGGAGCCCAAACAACCCGAUUUUUAUCAUCCAUACUAUCCUUUGAGGUUCUUGGAUAUCCCUAGAGGUGACAACAUCUAUUAUCGUGUUCUUAUGUCUGUGCGAUCUAACGUCCCUUCCGAGGUGCACUGGGGUAUGUUUCAUCUUGUGCAAUUGUCCUCUCAAAAGACGGAAAAGUUCGUAUUCGAAGGUUUCCCACUCUUGGUUGAGGCCUUGAUGGAAAAGGGCUUGGACAUUACACGGCUUUGCACUGGCGUAGCAUGGGAGAUCGAGCGUGAUCAGUACAAAUGGCCUCUAAAGAGUGAUCGACCCAACGUAAUGAAUACUCUUUGGGGUACCCACGACAUUCUCGAACGCAUCAAAAAGAUCCCCGUUACGCUUCCAGAAGACACACUUGAGACUGAGGAAUUCAGCGAUCAGCUCAGGAUUAUCAAAGAGGCCACUCUAGUCUUGCGCAACAUGUGUCUUCUACCCAUAAAUGCCUGGUUCGUAGCGAACUUUGCUAGGGGGCUUCUCAGAGAUUUCCUUGCCGUGAUGUUGAACCUUCCACAACCGCCACGCUUCAACGAACUCAAGAAUGAUGCCCUCGACAUUGCCGAAGCGGUAACAAAGCACCUGCCAUCCGCACCAGAUGACCCACUGUGCAUUUCUCUUUAUAAAUGCCUUGGUUCAUCAGACCGUGCUCACAUUACUGGAGCUCUUAGCUCUCUAACCCAUUAUUCUUCGGAAGUCGAGGGUGCUCCAAAUAGAGCUAUGGAAUGCGACAUUGAUUCCGAUACCAUGACCCGACUGCUCUCCUUUUUACUCCUCAAAUCAGAUGAAGAUCUGCUUAGCGGUGCUAUGGAUUUCUUUUAUCAAUACACUCUUGACCGCAAAAAUGUUGAAAAACUUGCUAAAAAGGUGAACAUGGCGAUUAUGUUUGUCCCAAGAAUGGUGGACUUGCUUUCGUAUCAGGCUCACGAAGUAGUGCAAGAAACUGUUGUGCAGGAAGAGAAGAUAGCACCUCCUCCCAGCAUAAUCCCUAAAGUGCCCGCUGAACUUUUCAGAAAGCUCAUGACUUUGCCUGAACCGGAGCGCAGCUCUCAAUGGCUUCGUUGCUGCUUCGUUGAGGAUCCUGAUUGUGAGAUUACUCAAAUCGCCUUGUGGCAGGCAUAUCAACAUCGGUUUGGUGCUCCUCAGCAAGGCGGUAAUCCUCAACAGCCCAACACCGGAGCAUUAGCUGCAGCUGAUUUCAUUAAGAACGUGAGCGCAACAUUUACAACUGCCCAAGCUCAGGUUGUUCCAGCCACUGUCUCUGGUCAGGCCACCAACAAAUUCAUCAUCAGGGGCAUUCGUCCUUUAGAGACCGCGCUUACAUUCGACCAAUGGCCCUAUUUAUACUGCAAGUGGUCGGUUGGCGACAAGGACAAGCCGAGACACUUUUGUGACCGUGCGUUUGCUGAGCCACGGGAACUUCGCCUUCAUGUGUUUGUGGACCAUUUGGACCUAGAGGCGCUGGACGAGCCAAACCAGUACAACCUUGACAAAGCCAAGGAAUCUCCCAAAACUUGCCAGUGGGACCACUGCACUAAAUACAAGGCUCCUAGCAGUGAAACCGAGUUGGUCGUUGAACAUGUUGGGGGCCAUUUGCCUCAAGAUCGGGACCCCAAGGCAAAACCUCAGCAUAAACGCAAGGUACUCCAGCCUCGCAUAGUUCGUCGACGCAGCUUUUAUGAUACUCCUAUUGAUGCACAGGGCGAACCCGUCGGUGUUGCGUACAAAGCAGCAUUGGUCAUGCGCAACCUGGCCUGGUAUUUACCCGAUACAGGCUCGGAUCAACAUACUAGAGGUGUUCCCUGGAACAAAUAUGCAUUUAUCACCCACCGUAUUGCAAUCAUCACUAAAUUCGAGUCCAACCGCACUCUGCGUGAAACGUUGACGGAUCUUAUCAAUUUGAUCCACGGGUUCAUAUAA